AUGGAGGACCUGAAUUUCACCGACUCGAUAACGCCCUUGCCAGCACUCUACCGACGAUGCCAGACCGCGAUGCUUAUCCUGGGGACGCUCUCCCUAGUGACAACCAGCCUGCUCUUCUUCCACAUAACCUACCGGCUGAUAAUGUGGAAAAUCAAUGAUGCCCGGACCCAGGACAUACAACCUCAUCGAGCCACGAACUCGACCAGUGAAGCUCAAGUCGACUUGAGCCUCGGGCUUUCCGAAGCGCAGUACUUCCAAACAAGGCAAAAGCAAAAUGGCGACGCUGCCGCAACAACAUCGGCACCAGCAUCGGCACCCCAAGAGCCACUUACGAGGAGAGAAACAGUGCAGAGUAUAAUAUCGCGCCGCCAGAAGCCGCCAAACCCGCUCCUACUUUUAAUCUACAACCUUCUCUUCUCCGACAUGUGGCUGGCUGCAGCAUAUGUGAAUAAUGCAGUCUGGCUCCACAACGAUAUGAUAGAAGUCGGAUCAGCGACCUGCCACGUCCAAGGCUGGAUCGUUAGCUUCGGCUGUCUGACAACCAGUGGGUUUCUCUUCACGAUCUCCAUUUUCAGCUAUCUCGGUAUCAUCCGCGGCCACAAACCGUCUACUCGGGUCGUCGUCUUGACUUGCGCGACGGUCUGGGUCCUUUCCACAUUCCUCUCUAGCCUGGGGCUCAUCUUCUUCAAUGUGAACGAAUACUACAAGAGGCAGGUUUUAUGGUGCUGGAUUGCUGAGGAACAUCGACUUUGGAGGCUGUCCAUUUAUGUAUGGGGAUUCACAGCAAUGUCUGGAACAUGCUUUCUCUACUCCAUCAUCUUUUACCGCCUCUGGCGUGAGAAUCGAUCGUCACGAUUCAUGCCUCGCCGGCCCGACUCAGUGACUUCAAGCUCUCGGGCAUGGGUCGACGACAGUACACCUUUGCGCCCAUCCGGCCACCAUCCCGCCUUUCUAGUUUAUCCGUGCAUAUACACAGUCACGGGAACACCACUCAUCCUGGGGUCUCUGAUCCCAACCCUCGAGCGGAUUCCCUUAUUCAUGGGCGCCGCCGGGGCACUGCUCGCCGUCACCGGCCUCCUCGAUGCUAUUCUCUGGUCCUACAUUAUCGUCUUCAGCGACAAGGAAGACAUCCGUAACACAGGCCUCGACCAAUUCACAUUCAUGCGGACGCCCGAGGGGCGCAACCUCGGCAACAUAGUAAUCGUUCAAGGUGGCCAGGACAAGUGGAAGAGGCAGUCGUGGCACUCCAAGAAGGACAAGGGCUGGUGGAGGCUGGGCGAUCGCAACAGCAGUCAGCCGUCGCUGCCUUCGCAGCAGUCCCAGGCCGAGGGCGGGAUCCAGAUGGAUAUCGUGACGACCGUCGUGGUGGAUGAGUCGAGUUCGGAUCCGUCGAGGCGCCAGUCGGGAGAGAGGGGCUACUCUACGGAUAUUUCAACUAGUCCGCCUCAUAUGAAGUAG